AUGUCAAUGCUCACAGAAACCACCUCCAGGGCCGACCUCUCCUCUCAACUAGAAGCCUUGUCACCCUCUGCUCUCCUCGUCCUCUAUUUCUAUACACCAUGGACGGAAUACAGCACAAAAUUAAGACCCCUACUAUCCUCCAUCGCCUCCCAAUGCCCAACAACUACCCCGCCAACAAUCUCCUUUCUGAGCAUCAACGCCAAAAAUCUCCUCGAAAUUUCAAAAGAAUACGGCGUGUCCAAAGCCCCAUGCAUCGUGUAUUUACGGAAUGGCCAGAUCCUUGAAUCAAUCAAAGGCUCCGACCUCACGGAGGUCUGCAACGCUCUCCGCCGCUAUACAGGAAUCAGUACAAAGAUUCCCCUCAGCCCUGAUCAAUCGGCUCACCCUCUUGAGCUAUCAGAAGCUUUAAUCACCCAUCUGACAGAACUGGUCAGGACGGCACCUGUGAUGCUAUUCAUGAAAGGAACACCCAACUCGCCGCUGUGUCGCUUUAGUCGACGGUUGGUUGGGAUUCUAAACGAAAAUAACAUUAGUUAUGACUCUUUUAAUAUUCUGACCGAUGAGGAUGUUCGACAGGGAUUAAAGGGGUUUGGGGACUGGCCUACCUUUCCCCAGCUUUGGGUCAAUGGGGAGAUGGUCGGUGGGCUGGAUAUUGCGAGUUCAUCCGAUUACCGUAUAUGA